UUCCCUCCUCUUCUAUUUUCCACGCGUCCCUUUUCACUGCAUACCUAUGUUUGACAAAACAGUUCGCCACUUUGAAUGAAGAAAGUGCAGUCUUUGCUGAGAAGCAUCCGAAGCAGCUUCAUCACUUCUCAGAGCCGAACUCACACAAAGAUGGAUCAUGUCGAGCAUUACAGCUACAACCCAACCCUACGUUGGAACCCACAGGUAGAAGAGUACUUCAUCAAAGCAUAUGGAGCUGAACAUUUUUCUCAAAUCUCCAAAGCCCUAACGCACCCAUCUUGCUACUCUUGUAUUCGUGUGAAUACUCUCAAGUCUUCAAGUGAUGCAAUUAUUCUGAAGCUAUUGGAAACCCUAGAGGAAACUCGGCUUAAAUGUGCUACUGAUGGCAAAAGCAUAACUACAAGUAAUGACUCUGCUGAUGUUGAUAUGGGCCAGAAGCAAGGAAGCCAUUCAAAGGAAUUUCAUCAUUUUCCAGACCUCCAUUUUGCAACAAGGAUGGGAGUAUUUGGAGAUGGGGAUGCUUUGCACAAAAUGCCAAUUUUUAAGUGUCUGAUACCCGGAUUAGACAAUGUUGUGUUUGUUAAAGGUUCAGGACCCCACAAAAUUCAAUAUGGUGAUGCAUCUAACAAACCUGUGAAGGAGGUCAUUGUGAGCCGCAAAUGUGCUGAGGCAGUUCUCCGAGGUGCUCAGGUAUUUGUUCCUGGUGUAUUAGCUUGUAGUGCUCAUGUUGAGAAGGGAGACACGGUUGCGGUUUCAGUUGCGGUGGAGCAGCCUAGCCUUGAUGCUAGAUGGGGUGUUGGUAUGACACGAGGGACUGUUCUACAGGGACUCGAAACAGAUCCUCUUUAUCUUGAAAGAAAUGGUCUGUAUAUUGGUCAAGGAACUGCAAUGAUGUCAAGGGCUGGGAUCUUCCGUGGUUUGCAAGGAACAGCAGUGGAAAUGAGAAAUAGAGUAUUUAGCCUCCCUUCCUUCAAUGAUGUGCUUGAGGGGGAAAUAUUUCUUCAAAACUUGCCCAGCAUUAUCACUGCACAUGCUUUAGAUCCUCAACCAGGAGAGCGUAUAUUGGACAUGUGUGCUGCUCCAGGAGGAAAAACAACUGCAAUUGCUAUCCUUAUGAAGGAUGAAGGAGAGGUUGUUGCAGUUGAUAGAUCUCACAAUAAGGUGAUGGAUAUACAGAAGUUGGCUGCUGAGAUGGGGUUGACUUGCAUAACUACAUAUAAGCUUGAUGCCCUUAAAUCUGUUUCUUGUACCAACCAGUCAGUUGAUUUUGCCACUCAAAAUUGUAAUGAAGAAAAAAGAAAGGCAGAUUUUGCAAGUUUAAGUUCACCUGAAUACCCAAUGGAAGAUGUACCAUCACUUACUCUGGAAUGUGUUAAUGGUUGUUUCACUCAUGAGGAAAAUGGUAUGUAA